AUGGCACCCUCAAGAUACGCCGCCGAGGCCGUGGACCCCAAACCCCUCGCCGAACCCCUCAAAUUCGCCUUCUCAGGCAAAGUCGCAAAGAACCGCUUCCUCAAGGGCGCAAUGACGGAGCGCCUCUCCUCCUGGGACCCCAAAACCCCCUCCAACCGCGGCAUCCCCAGCCCGGAGCUCAUCAACCUCUACCGCCGCUGGGGCGAGGGCGAUUUCGGCGUCCUGCUGUCCGGCAACGUCAUGCUCGACUACGACCAGCUCGAGGCCGCGGGCAACCCGAUUAUUCCGCUCGGCGCGCCCUUUGAGGGCGAGCGCUUCGAAGGCUUCCGCAAGAUUGCCGAGGGGGCCAAGGCGCAUGGCAGUCUGUUGCACGCGCAGCUCAGUCAUCCGGGCAGACAGGUCGAGCAGAAGAUUAACCCUACCCCGAUCUCGGCGAGCGAUGUGCAGCUUGAGGGGGAUGUGAUGGGUAUGCGGUUCGCGAAGCCUAGGGCGAUGGAGAAGGCGGAUUUUGAAAAGGUGAUUGGUGGGUUUGCGCAUGCGGCUGAGUAUGUGUACAAGGCUGGCUUCGACGGAGUCCAGCUUCACGGCGCACACGGCUACCUCCUCGCGCAAUUCCUCUCGCCCACAACAAACAAGCGCACCGACCAGUACGGCGGAUCCCUGACCAACCGCGCGCGCAUCAUCCUCGAAAUCGCCGACGCCAUCCGCGCCCGCGUCCCCGACCCGACCUUUAGCAUCGGCAUCAAAGUCAACAGCGUCGAGUUCCAAGACGAAGGCUUCUCGACCGAAGACUGCCGGGACCUCUGCUCCGCGCUCGAGGCCCACGGCUUCGAUUUCGUCGAGCUGUCCGGAGGAACCUACCAGUCCCUCGCCUUUGAGCACAAGCGCGAGUCGACCAAGAUGCGCGAGGCGUUCUUUUUGGAUUUCGCCGAGAAGAUUAUCCCGCAGCUCACCAAGACCAAGGCCUACGUUACGGGCGGGUUGAGGACGGUGCCUGCCAUGGUGGAGGCGCUGAAUACGGUGCACGGAAUCGGGUUGGCGAGACCUGCGUGUAACGAGGUGGAUUUGCCGCGCAAGAUUAUUGCUGGGGAGGUGUCGGCUGCGAUUGAGACGUUAUUGGGCGAGCAGGAUUUCGGGCUGACGAAUAUGUUGGCGGGCACGCAGAUGAGGCUUAUCGGACGGGACCGGGAGCCGUUGGAUGUGAGCCAGGAGAAGUACAAGGAUGUGUUUAUGAAGUCUCUGGGGACGUGGGUGGAGGAGAUGGGGAAGAAUGAGGAUGGGAGCAAGUUUGGGUAUAUUGAUAUCGAGGGGUUGGAGUUGCAGCCUUUUGGGACGCCGUAUGUUGCUUAG